CAAAAACGGUGAUAAAACUGCUUAAUUUAAUUACAUCACAAAAUAAUAUAAAUUAAAUUAGAGAUAAACAUGAUCUUUUUGUCCCUAAAUCUUCAAUAAAUUAGAUGGAUUAAGUAAAGGAAAAAAAAAAAAAGGAAAAAAGAGAAGCACACGCAGAGAGAGAAAGAGAGAGAGAGAGACAAAUAGUCCACCUGAACCAUCUUCUCUUUAUUCAUUCUGCUAAUCAUUCACAAAAGCUUUUACUUCACGCACCCUCUGCGCUGAAAACCCACUUAACAGCCAAACUUACCGUCUCCAGAAAAGUGAACCCAGGAAGGAAAUUGCAUAAAAACCCAAUCUUUGUUAUUAAUUCAAUCUUUACUGCAAUGGGUUGUUCUUCUCUUCUUCUUAUUCUUGUAAUGAAAUCCCUCUCUUUCUUGAACUAAAAACAAUAACCCAUAAGCCAAAACUCCCCCAGAAAUAAGAGAUCCUUUUUAAAUCAUGUACUUAUCAGAGAAAACUAGGCCUAUUGAUUUUUACAAAGAAGAAGUAGCACCAACAGCGACGAGAGAGAACAUGAUUAUUGAAGUUGUUUCAACUAAUGGAGAAUUGCCACCUCAUCAGCAACAUCAUCAUAUUCACAACCCACAUAAUCCUCAACCCCAACAACAACAGCAACAGCAGCAGCAACAGAUGAUUCUUGGAGAAAGUAGUGGUGAAGAUACGCAUGAAGUGAAAGCACCAAAAAAGAGAGCUGAAACAUGGGUUCAAGAUGAAACAAGAAGUUUAAUUGGUCUUAGAAGAGAAAUGGAUGGAUUGUUUAAUACUUCUAAGUCAAAUAAGCAUCUCUGGGAGUCAAUUUCUUCAAAAAUGAGAGAAAAAGGAUUUGAUAGAUCUCCUACUAUGUGCACUGAUAAGUGGAGAAACUUGUUGAAAGAAUUUAAAAAAGCUAGACAUCAAGAAAGAGGAAGUGGUUCUGCUAAAAUGUCUUACUAUAAAGAGAUUGAUGAGAUUUUAAGGGAGAGGAGCAAGAAUGCUCAGUACAAGAGUCCUACUCCUACUUCUAAAGUUGAUUCCUUUAUGCAAUUUGCUGACAAAGGCUUUGAUGAUACUAGUAUAUCUUUUGGACCUGUGGAAGUUCCUUGGUGUGCAGCCAGUGGCAGGCCAACUCUCAACCUUGAAAGACGUCUAGAUCAUGAUGGACAUCCUCUUGCCAUCACCGCAGCUGAUGCAGUUGCAGCAAGUGGAGUUCCUCCUUGGAAUUGGAGGGAGACCCCUGGAAGUGGUGCCGAGGGUCAAUCAUUUGGUGGGAGAGUGAUAACAGUGAAGUAUGGAGACUAUACAAGAAGAAUUGGUAUUGAUGGUACUGCAGAUGCCAUCAGGGAGGCAGUCAAGUCAGCUUUCAGAUUAAGGACUAAACGUGCAUUCUGGUUGGAGGAUGAAGACCAGAUAAUUCGUAGUCUUGACAGGGACAUGCCUGUGGGGAAUUACACACUUCACCUUGAUGAAGGAUUAGCUAUCAAAGUGUGCCUGUAUGAUGAGUCAGACCACAUACCAGUGCAUACUGAGGAAAAAGUUUUCUACACUGAAGAUGACUACAGAGAAUUUCUGGUUCGUCGAGGCUGGACAUGCCUAAGGGAAUUUGACGGUUAUAGAAACAUCGAUAACAUGGAUGAUCUUCGACCUGGUGUUAUAUAUCGCGGUUCGAGUUGAGAGCAAGCACAUUGACCAUAUUUUACAUUUUCAUUGCCUCCAGUUUCCUUGAAGGAGCUGUUAUUAUAUCAGUUUGGAACUGUAUCACACAAUUGUGUAUAUAGCAUGCUGUAAUUUGUUAGAUGAUAGAAAUGGAGAAAAAUUCACUCGUCCAAUGUUUGUUGUACAUAUGUAUUUUAUAUCAUGGACGAAAACGAAUUUUUGACUACAUCUGGCAUCUGGAAUUUUUUACUCCAAAUAUGGGACCCUAUUUGGAGCGUUUGGAAACCCAUUUGAAACUUGACUGCCUGAACCUGUUGGAUUCUUGCUGAAAGUUCUAUGUUAUGAAACAUUUAUAUGCCCAUUUGACUUGA